CAUUGUAACUGACUUGACUUGACUGGCCGCAGCCGGUCCGGCUGCUACUUGACUUCUAAGCAGAUAGUACUAUCUGGACUCACUGUCUGCUCUUACACUGCGUCCGCACUCAGCAAGCGAGCUUGAUAGCUGGGUGGGCCACAGGAACGAGGGUCGUCCUCUCAAUGGGACACGGGGAUCGAGGGUAGUACUGCGUCGCCAGCUGGACGUAAAGUCAGGGUAGUACUGCGUCGCCAUCUGGCCAUGAGGACUGCUGAUUCGAGAAUGGUCUGACAAGCAUCGGCACCCUUCUUGCAUUUUAUUCCAACACUGUGUGGCUGUGCCGAUGGGGCCCGUGCUGAACCCGUAGCGACGAUUCUCAGGGGAACAGCCUGAGACCAGACAUACCAGCCGCGGCUGGUCGGAGCGCCCAAGAAGCGCACCGAUUGCUGGUGAACGCGCCAGCACUAGAGGCCGGAAAGAGCGUGGGGGUGUCAGCUGUUGUAGUCAGCGGAGGGUCUGAUCGGCGCGCACAACGCAACCAAGUUCUUGCCGCCGCCAGCGGCGCGUUCCAUUGGGCGCCCUCGAGGAAGGCACGUCACAAGCGCAGGCCACAUGGGUCUGCUGCAGCGCCCGCCACCGACCCUGGCGCUGCUGCUCCUGGCGGCGCUUCUGGCCGCGGCGCUGGCGCAGCCGGUGCAUGCGUUCAGCAAUGUGCCUUGGCAGAAACAAGCAGUCUACCAGUUGCUGACAGACAGGUUCGCUGCGCCACAGGCAAUGCCAGGCAGCCGCGGCCAGCAGUGCGGCAGCCUGAGCAACUACUGCGGCGGCACGUGGAGGGGCAUGCUGCAGCAGCUGCGCUACAUACAGGGCCUCAACCUGAACGCCAUCUGGAGCUCCCCCAUCGCGGUGCAGCCCUAUGGCGGCUACCACGGCUACUGGCCCACCGACCUGUACGAUGUGAACCCCUCCUUUGGCACCCCCGGCGACCUGCAGCACGUGCUGCAGCAGCUGGCGGACCAGGGGAUGAAGCACAUUCUGGAUGUGGUGAUGAACCACGUGGGCUACGGCUCCUCCGUCUUCCUCCCCGCAUUCAACCCCUUCUCAGACCCAUCCAAUUUCCACAACUGCACGCUGGCGGGCUGCGACCCCGACUGCAACAUCCCGGCUGACAACCCCACCUACGACCAGCAGUGGCACUGCCAGCUCAGCGGCCUGCCCGACCUCAACCAGUCGAUUCCGUAUGUGCGGGAGAUGUUUGCCGACUACAUCCAGUGGAUACUGUCGCAGUACAGCGUGCACAUGCUGCGUCUGGACGCCGCCGGCAGCAUCGACCCCGACUUCUUCCCGUACUUCAUGAACUUUACGACCCUCCCCGCCUGGCUGGAAGUGGGCGGCAAACUACAGCUGCACGAGCAGUACGAAAAAGUGCGCGGCAACGCCUCCUACAGCUACCAGUCCUGGGUCAUCUACAACGCCGCCAGCGCCUGCUUCGCGCUCUCCCCGACCUCGGAUGAGGGGGAUGAGGGGUGCCUGCAGAUCUCUCAGUCCCGCUCCACACUGAUGAGCUACGGCGUGGAGAUGGGGGGGGUGGGGUACUGGGUGGAGAACCACGACACCGACCGCUUCCUGUCCACCCGCGCCAGCCUGCCCGCCUACCGCAACGCUCUGGCGUUCAUAUUGCUGGCAGAGGGCAUACCCAUCAUCUACUAUGGCGCGGAGCAGGGCAUGACUGGGUUAACAAUCGACAACACCAAUCGCUGGCCGCUGUGGGAGGUGGGGUACGACAACACCAACCCGCUGUACACGCACAUCCGCACCCUGGCGUGGUACCGCUGGUGGAUGAACCUGGGCAACAAGUCGUUCACAGAGCACUACAUGGACCGCCGCACCUACACCUUCUCGCGUGGCAGCGACAUGGUGGUGGUGCUGACCAACGGCAACUACUCGGAGGCGGUGCCCCGCCCUGCCGCCUACAACCUGUCGGGCCUGGCCAGCUUUGCAGGGGACACGCUGUGCGACGCGCUGCGCAGCGGGUACUGCGUGGAGGUGUCGGAGGAAGGUGUGGCGCUGGUGCAGCCCUCCCCCACUGACGAGCCCCUGCUGCUGGUGCACAACAACUGGGUCCACUCCGACACUUUCUUCAUCAUGCUGCACAACCGGCCGGUGCUGUGGCAGCAGGGCCUGAUCGUCACCUUCAGCACCCUCUGCGGCGCCCUGCUGCUCUGGUUUGCCGUGGGGUACGGCAUACAGUACUACCGCACAGGCAGCAUCCAUCCGGCCCAGGACCUCUCCGCCUCCUGC